AUGGCUCCACAAAGUGAUAAAUUUAUAAAAGGACAUGAUCAACCCCUGGAAAAAAAACAGGCCAGCCCAAAUUCGGAGGAACAGGAAGCUUAUCAGGAGUAUCUAGCUUCCAAAGAGGACAAUACACCUGCAAGUCCAGAUCCUGAGGAAAUGGAAGCCUAUCAGGCUUACUUAGAUUCCCAAGUGGAAAAUAUACCUGAUAUACGGUUCUCUAGUGCUGAACCUGAGGAGGUGGAGGCGGUUAUGGAUUACCUCAAGUCCGAGAUGGGGCCUUCAAUGGCUGAAUUUGAUCAGGACGCACCAUCAGAAUGCGGUAGCUAUGACUCUGUUACAAACCGACGUCGUCCUUUCUGCUAUGCCUUCCAUGGCCUUUGGGAAUCUGGUUACUGCAAAUACUGCCAAGACACUCCCGAGAACAGAUCGGUUGAGGAGGAAAAGGAUGAGGCUGAUGCUCCUGAGGGUACUCAAGAAGCAUAA